GGAGAGAAAAACUUAAUUUUGGUAUAAAACGGUUGAUCUUCUUCAAUUUAUUAACAGUAUCAAGACCAGCGUGGUCCAGAAGUGUAGUGUUUGGUUUAGUUUAGCGGAAAACUGCUGCGUCGACCAUCUAAGAUGAGGUCGUUAGCGCUAUUGGCAAUCUUUGGCUGCCUCUGUGCCACAUUAGUUCUAGCGGAUGAACCGGUCGCCGUGCGCGAGAAACGCAGUCCGGCUCCGUUCUUCUUCAACAAGGGCCAUGACGAUCACCACCACGAGCCGAAGUGCGUGUGGGAGAAGAAGCUAGCCUGGAAGGAGGACUGGAAGAAGGUCUGGGAAUCAAAGAAGAUCGAGGUUUGGAAGUCCGAAUGGAAGAAGCAGCAGAUUCCGGUCUGGAAGAAGGUCGAGGUCCCGAUCUGGCGAGAGGUUAAAGUGCCGGACUGGAAGAUCGUCAAGAAGCCGUACUGGAAGGAAACGGAGAUCCCCGCCUGGAAGGAGGUGCAGGUGCCCGACUGGAAGAAGGUAACGAAGCCGGUGUGGAAGGAGGUUCAGGUGCCGGUGUGGAAGGAAGUCGAGGUGCCCGAGUGGAAGCAGAUCUGGGUUCCGGAUACGGUGAAGGUUGGCAUCCCCGGCGAGAAGUACCUGGGCAAGGACGAGCACGGUUGGGAGUACACCAGCCACGAUCUGUGGAAGAAGAAGAUGGUGUGGAAGCCGGUGUGGAAGAAGGUGACCAAGACCGUGAAGAAGGAGGAAUGGAAGACCGAGAAGAAGCUGGAAUGGAAGGACGAGUGGGUUCAGGUAUGGCGCAAGGAGAAGCAGCAGAUCUGGGUGAAGAAGAAGGAGGAGGCGUGGAAGGAGGAGAAGAUCGAGAUCUGGCGCAUUGAGAAGAAGCAGGAGUGGGCUACCGAGAAGAAGCUGGAGUGGAAGGAUGAGUGGAAAGAGAUCAAGGUCCCAGCCUGGAAGGAAAUUCAAGUGCCCGCGUGGAAGAAGGUGUGGAAACCGGUAUGGGAGAAGGCGUGCGUCCCAGUCAGCCACGGAUGGCAUUAGUCGCUGUACCAUGUAGUGUGAAUUAGGUUGUUGUAAAAUUUAGUUAGUGUCUCUCGUAUUUUCUGCCUUUUUUGUUAGAAGUCAGUUCGAAGGUAUCCGGUAUGUGACGGACGGUGUGCGCGUGAGCGUCGUGGUUUAACUACCGUUGGCGUGCCCGGGAGAGUAAUUCGGGCGUUUCGUUGCGCAACCUCAAGCAGGUAUCGCUGACGACAGUUUAAAAGGUCUACGACUAUCUCUGUUUCUCGUCUCUCCAGUGUCUGUCAGUGUAAUUUUCCUCUUACAUUACGUCCAAAGAAACGCCUGAAGAAAGAGCGCGCGCUUAAGGCAAAGAGCACCCCACCGUCCUCGGGGUGCUCUCAUCUACUACUGACUAAUAUUGUUUUUAUGCGAAAAGUUACUUCCAUCAACAACCGCGAAGUGUGUGUGUGUGGCGCGGAUGGAUGCCAAAGUGGCGACGGUGAAUAGUAAGGCAGGUUAGGUACGCACCUUCGACUCAUCUUCGAGGUAACAGUUACCGCGAGCUUUUCUUUAUGUAAAUACCCCUCGGCUGGCUCAAUUAGCAGUGUAUUAUCUCACACUACUUCCCGCGCGCCAAAAUAUUUCAGUUUUCCUAAACCCCGCAGCCGCGCGCGCGGCGUAACCCGAUCAACCGCCGCGUCGCGUCGCGUCGCCGUAGCGCUACGCCACGCUGCUGUUCGAGAAAGACCGGAGAAUGCGAGCGAGAGACGUAAUCGCACUUCCUCUUUACGUCUGCGCCUACCACGUUGCGAUGUUUGUUUUCAGCGGAAAGCAAUCAAACCGUUUUUCUCGGUCAAUUUCUUACUCCGGUUACUUUGUUUUGUUUUAAUUUUUUUUUUCGGACGCAUCAAGUGCGCACAAUGCCCGCAAUUGGUCGCCCACUCUUGGUGUCGAUUGGGUAUUGUGUGUGCGGCGAGUGCGCGCGUGAAUGCGUGCGGCGUCCGAUAACAAUGGCCUAAUGAAGUUAUGCGCAGUGCUGCUGCUGCGGGUGUUUUGUGGGUUACUGAUGGCAAUUGGAUCGUCUGGCCUCAGCACAUCAGCUCGAUGUAAUUCGUUCCGAUUGGAUCAUCCGCCAGCGGAUUUGGAUCUGCAUGGGUGUGUCUUUGAUGAGUUGUGAGGGGUGUGAGGGUAAUUGGGUGUGAUCCAAGAGCAAACGGGGCUAAUUUGGGCGAGGUGAUUACAGGAGUUGGGUUUUACUGCAGCCGAGCGAUUGCAGGUGUUAUGUCAUUGCCACUUGUUUGAUUUGCGAGCUAACGUCUUCAAUGUGAAAAUUGCAAUCGAAAUUCACAACUUUGCUUCUUUAAAGGCACCGCAAAGUUAUUGGGAAACAAUUAAUCGAAGAAUUUCCGGAUCUACUGUUGAAAUCUGAGCACAAGUGGCAACACUGCCCAAGUAACAUUUUGAUGACCAAUUAUUAGUCUUGUGAGGCUUUAAGAACCGUCAUUAAACAUUAUACCUUUUAUUUUGGUUUCAUGAUGGUGCCAAGAACCUCUUCUAGUUUGUUUGACAAAAAAUGUUACUUGAGUGGUGUAAUCCUGGUUUUGAAAUGGUUCUGUUGACUAAUUUUGGUCCUUAAAACCGUCAUAAAACUUGAAAUGUGGAUAGCGAUGGCAUAGGACUCCACAGAUGUUUCGAAGUUUCUUUUGAAAAUUCCAACCUUGCAUCAUAUUUUUCAUGGCGUUUUUAAACUGAAGAUUAGAUUUCUCAAAGUUUUUUUUUCGAGCAGUUUAGUUUCAGAAACAUUUCUGAAUGAGUUUUCUCUGCUUUCGAUCUUCUUCAGUAUUUAAGAGAUUUUUCUUAGCUACCAGAAUCUGCAAAACGCUGCUGAUCAGCCAGAACACAGAUAAUUGGAAUUCCUGCUGGAUCGUUUAGGACUUUCUUAAUUUCUUCCGAAAUUCCGAUGAAAAUUCUUAAAAAAAAGAUCAAAAUUUCCGAAUGAACUUGAGGUUUUCUUGAGAAGUCUGUGAAAUGCAAAUGAAAUUUGAAUUUAAUGACCGGAAUCCAUCACAACGCUGUAGUUUUCACAGCUAGUAUGAAGGUAUAUCAGUUUCCAAAAUGUAUUUGACAAUUAAUUGCGGAAUUCUGAAAAAUGCCCUCAACAUGCUAUGAAAACAUGAGAUUUCUGCCAAAAUGUUUGCAAUGCAUCUAAAAUUCAUGUGCACUGAGUUGAUUUCCUUAAAAUCUACUAAAACAAAGCAGUAACCGCUAGUUUCCACACUUCUGGUGUUUUUUCUAAAAUUUACAUAAAAAAAAUCGAAAACGAUGGUUAAACUUUCGAAGUCCUAUAAAAUUAAUUUAUUUUCUUUGGGAACUUCACUAGGAAUUCCAUUGUAGUCCUCAUGGUUAUCUGUCUAGGUUCUUUUUAAUGCUGCAACCAUGUGCUGGUAGAAACUCCGAAGAGUUUUUAAUGUUCCAGACAGUUUUGUCGAAACUUGACUGCGGUUUAUGCAGCAAUAUCAAAUUCCAAGAUUUUAUAAAAUUUUCUUUUAGGUUUUAUGACAGUUUUCAAAUCCUCUUCAAAACGAAUUGGGCUACAAAUUGUUGUUUGGGUUGCGAUAACAUGUACACAUUCUUCUGGUCCAUUGCCUGGAUAUUUUCAAGGUUUCAAAAUAGUUGCAACGACCAAAAUUAGGUUACACAACUUCUAUAAAACCUUGUUAAAACUGUUUGCGAGUUUCAGAGCAAUCCAAAGAUUUGAAAUGGAGCACUUCAUUCGUGAGAUAUUAUCCUAAUAAUCGCUGACAGUAGGAACUUCAAUUGGCGAUUCACUGAGACUUAGAAGGCAGUGUUGCCAAAAUUCAGCCACCUAUUCCAUCGGACGCCAAUUCACCCAAAACUCUCAUAAAACCUCCUCCUAAAUAAAUCCAAAAUGUUCAAACUCAACUCAAAUCACUUUGAUAUACCUCAUUUUGAACAAUUUUACAUAAUGUGACCCAAAUUCCCAUCCGAUCGCGUAUCGAAACCCCAGAUUCCACCGCGUAGGUGACGAAUUCCACCAAACAAUAACCCGCUUGCCCAGCUUCCCAUGCCAUAUUCGAUCAAUCGACAAAGAAAGCUCGUUAAAAUUAACCGUUUUCCACAUCGCUUGCGCGUGUUCCUCCCCUCACAGAGGAAAAGUGCUUCGUAAUCCCUUCAACAUCACACGGCGGACGUCAAACGUGUCAAUCGACCAUUUUUGGAAAAUCCAAUUUUUGGGACCCAUUGCAUUUAUUUGUAUCACACUGAGGGUCCCAACCAACCAACCAACCUCUCGAAGAACCUCGAAGGGGUCACGUACGCACGCACACACCACUGGCAUACAGACCAUGUUUCCCAUGCCCCUGCGCGCCGCUCGCCACCUCUGCCUCGACGAUGACGCCAUUGUCUGUCUAUACCAAGGGGUGGCGACUGGAAAGGGGGCAUCAGGUGAAAACUGAGUCAUGUUAUGAGCGGUGAAAUAAUUCCGCGAAAAGCGAUGAUGGAAUGAAAGGGAAGCUGCCGCAGCUAGCUCUUUUAAUUCACUCUCACUGCUCUGUGUUGGCAGCUGGUAAAACCGGCCGCGCGCGAUUCGCCACAAAUUGGGUACACACAAAAUCCGGAAGCAUCUCCGCGUUGCGGAACCAAAACAUGAACCGGAGUGAGCGGGUGGGCUGGUUGGCUGCUGGCUGACUGCGGCUUCACCAUAUCGGUGAAUCUGAUGAAGCUACGAGGCGGAAAAAAUGGGUGGAAAAUCGCAGCCUCCUCGCUGGUAUGGAAGACCUCUAAAACCGAAAGUGACGCGGGUCCUAAGAGGUUACAUUAGUAGGUGAUGCGUGCCUUUUGGAAAGGAAAUGGCUUGCCACAGUUGACGUUCGAUGAUUGGAACUCAUCUAAACUGUUUGUUUUAUAGGUGAAACAGUUUGCACGGAAAAGUGCGCUGCUUUGCACUGGUGGUGCAACAACUCGCAUUAAUAGUUGCACUAUCUUGCACCGAUUGGUGCACCACCGAUUAUCAUCGAUUUCCAGACGUUUGACGUCUGUCAUUCGUUAAAGUUACCAAAACCGAAACUCCCAAGGUGCAAUGUUACCAUGUUCCAACUAUCGAACGUCUACUGUAUCCACCAACCGUUUGGCAUCCCGUCCAUACGCAAUCAAAAUCUAGUUUUUCGCAUCACCACCGGAGAAAAACGAAAGUGGAGUAACGCUGAUUUAUCGUUUAUUUUUGUAUAUUUUCAUACAACAAGCAAAUGAUAAAUAAUGUAUUUAACCAACGAAACGUGGAGAAACCCCGUCUGAUGUAUCACACACACUCACUUUUACUCUUAUGAUUUAUGUUUUAUAUUGAUUAUUAACAAAUUUCCUUACGACACUGUCGUUUUUCGUUCACUUUGUUUUUUUUAGUAUUUUGUUUUUUCUCGAAGACGACUUAAAUUUUGCGAGCGAAGAUUGUUAAAACUAAAAAAAGAAAAUGUACAUAUUAAACGUAAUGAGUUAAUUAAUGUUGUAAAUAGGUUUUCCAGAAAAAAAAACAUUGCGAACAAGUCAUAAAUAAACAAAACUGAAUGAAAAAACUAAAAACAAACAAAA